AUGACUAAUGGCAUGUUCCUUGUGAUUCAAACAGACCAGAACCUGAAGGAUAAGAGGAAACUCUUUGUACAGUUAGUGAAUAAAGAAACAAUCAAUUGUUUGCUGGAUGACUUGCUACAAGCUAAAGUACUCAACCAGGAAGAAUUCGAAGAAAUACAGAAUGAAUAUUAUAAAACUAUGGAUAAGGCCCGGGUCCUGAUUGAUUAUGUCAUUCGCAAAGGUCCUAAAGCAUCAGAGAUUUUAAUCAAAAGUAUCUGGAACAGAGAUCCCCACCUUGGCCACAGUCUUAAACUUCCAUAUUCAGCUUCUACAGCACAAACUGGGUUCUCAGGAAAACUCAAGACCUGCCCACAUGAAGAAUUUAUAAUGCAAAGAGGAUUGAGGGUAGAAGAGAUAUAUCCAGUGAAAGAAAAAGGGUCCCGUACACGCCUAGCCCUCAUAAUUUGUAACAAGAAAUUUGAAAAUAUUUCUGAAAGAACUGGGGCUGAACUUGACAGCAUAGGGAUGAAGAUGCUUCUUGAAGACAUGGAUUACAAUGUAUAUGUCAAAGAAAACCUCACAUCUCUGGAAAUGGAGUCAGCACUGAAGGAGUUUGCUUCCCUCCCAGGUCAUCAGUCAUCUGAUAGUACUUUCGUAGUGCUCAUGUCCCAUGGGGUCCCUAUUGGUAUCUGUGGGACAAAACAUCAAGAUGAGGAUCCAGAUGUGUUGGUCUAUGAUACCAUCUUCCAAAUUCUAAACACUCAUAACUGUCCAAAUCUUAAGGACAAACCCAAGAUCAUCAUUGUCCAAGCUUGUCGUGGGGUUGAUUAUGGGGUAGCUUUGAUGAGUGAUUCCUCUGCAAGCUGUGCAGACAGUCAAAAGGAACUACAGGUCUUUGUUCAUGAUGCGGUAAGAAAAACCCAUUUAGAGAAGGACUUUAUUGCUUUCUACUCCUCAACUCCAAAUAAUGUUUCUUGGAGAGACCCUAGAAAUGGUUCCAUUUUCAUUACAAAACUUAUCCAUUAUUUCCAGCAAUAUUGCAGGUGUUGUCAUAUAGAGGAAAUCUUCCGAAAGGUUCAAAAUGAUUUUGAAACUCCAGAGUAUAAGUUUCAAAUGCCUACCAUUGAAAGGUUAUCUAUGACAAGAUAUUUCUAUCUUUUUCCAGGCAAUUAA